AUGUCGGUCCCCUCGCUCGCGCCCUACAUCAUGAAGCGGCCUUGGCUGCAGCGGUGGAUGAAGCCCCUGUCGCAGUGGUACUUUGACAAUGCUGGAUACCGGAAGUUGGGACUGCGGGCCGAUGACCUGAUCCCAGAGGAGAGCCCGCAAGUCCAGCUCGCAUUGAAGCGUCUGUCUCCAAAAGAAGCAUACGACCGCGUCUUCCGUAUGCGAAGAGCAUUCCAGUGCUCUCUGGCGCAUCAAUUGCUUCCACGCCACGAGUGGACUGCGGCCGAUGAGGACUACCCAUACCUCUCACCACUCAUCAAGGAGAUCGAGAUCGAGAUCAAGGAGAGGGAGGAUCUCGAGGCAAUGCAGAUCACGAAGCCAACCCCCAAGAACUAG